AUGUCUGCCCCUACCUUCCCCGCUGGCGGUACCAUCAUCGACACCUUCAAGCAAUCCUUCACCACUGUCCCCGUCAACAGCGAGAAGGACAAUGCCGUCGCCACUACCCAGUUCCUCGAUGCCGCCGAGUCCCUGACCACCAUUUUCGACGCCCUCGGCUCUGUCGCUUUCUCCCCUGUCAAGAAUGACUUGAUCGGCAACAUCAAGAAGCUGCGCGAACGCCAGGCCGCUGCCCCCACCGAGUCUGAGACCGUCCAGGAGCUCGUUCUGAAUGAGCUCAAGACCAAGAAGCACGUUGCUACCGAGGGUCUGGUAUGGCUGGUUCGUGGUCUCGACUUCACAUGCAUUGCCCUCUCCCAGAACGUCAACAGCGAGACCGAGGAGCUCUCGGACUCUUUCCGCAACGCCUACGGCGCCACCCUUAAGCCUCACCACAGCUUCCUCAUCAAGCCCGUCUUCAGCGCUGCCAUGAGCGCCUGCCCCUACCGCAAGGACUUCUACACAAAGCUCGGCUCCGACCCCGAGAAGGUCAAGGCCGAGCUUCGCCCCUACCUCAAGAGCCUUGAGCAGAUUGUUGCUAUCCUCAAGGGUUUCUUGGACCGCAAGGAGGCCAAGUGGUAA